AUGGGAGUCCUGUUCAGAUCCAACUGUGCCCAGGGUUUCAGUCUGGAUCAAAUGGGUCGACAGAUUGCCGAAUGCCCUUUGAAUAUGAGAUUAAAAUGGGCACAUUCAGCCAUCGGUGCCAUGGUAAUGGUGGUGACGACAACAUCAGUGUGUUUCAAUGGUGGCAUUAGGACUAUCAGUAUGCCAGGGAAGCUUGAAGCCUGUCCAUUCUGCCUGCAAAAACUUGGCUCGAGUUUCGUGUGAGUUCUUCCCAGACCGGGUUUGAGCUUUUUCUACUCCCAAUUCGAGUUUGGGUUGAGUCUUAGCAAUAUCUGGCUCAACAAGAAAAGUUUUGGAUAGUCUGG